ACGUUAAUGGACACCAGGACAGCUACUGCAGAGCUGGGAUGGACAGCCAAUCCUGCCUCAGGGUGGGAAGAAGUCAGUGGCUAUGAUGAAAACCUGAACACCAUCCGCACCUACCAGGUGUGCAAUGUCUUUGAACCCAACCAGAACAACUGGCUGCUCACCACCUUCAUCAAUCGGCGGGGGGCUCAUCGCAUCUAUACAGAGAUGCGCUUCACUGUGAGAGACUGCAGCAGCCUCCCCAAUGUCCCAGGUUCCUGCAAGGAGACCUUCAACUUGUACUACUAUGAGACUGACUCUGUCAUUGCCACCAAGAAGUCUGCCUUCUGGUCUGAAGCCCCCUACCUCAAAGUAGACACCAUUGCUGCAGAUGAGAGCUUCUCCCAGGUGGACUUCGGGGGAAGGCUGAUGAAGGUCAACACAGAAGUCAGGAGCUUCGGGCCUCUUACUCGGAAUGGUUUUUACCUCGCUUUCCAGGAUUAUGGAGCCUGUAUGUCUCUCCUUUCUGUCCGUGUCUUCUUCAAAAAGUGUCCCAGCAUUGUGCAAAAUUUUGCAGUGUUCCCAGAAACCAUGACAGGGGCAGAGAGCACAUCUCUGGUGAUUGCUCGGGGUACAUGCAUCCCCAAUGCAGAGGAAGUGGACAUGCCCAUCAAACUCUACUGCAACGGGGAUGGGGAAUGGAUGGUGCCCAUUGGGCGCUGCACCUGCAAGCCCGGUUAUGAGCCUGAGAACAGCGUGGCCUGCAAGG